CUAAGCUUUCAGAAUAAUAGAAAUGGCGAUACUGUUCAGUUCGUGUCAAUAUCGAGUGCUGUUAGUAUCAUACUUAGAUUCGUUUAAGAGACAAUUGUGGUAUAAUAUUGCUAUAUAAUCACUUAAAAUAGAUAAUCACACAAAAUGGGUGAAAUGAUUAUUAAUUUAGACGUCAUAAAUCAAGAAAUGCAGUCAGUUGCAGAUCGUCCCAAAGAUGACGUAGUUGAAAAGGAAGAAACGAGUGCAUCCGUUAAAUCCGACCACAACCCGAAGGUUGCCGAUGAUCACAUUCCACAGAAGAAGAGGAAGACGAGACGCGGGAAAUCCAAACGUAAGCAGCCCUAUAUGAAGAGCAGAAUACCGAAUGUUGUAAAGCCUGAAGCUCCUCAUAAUAGUAACCAAUUUUUAUUAGAAGAUCACUGCGACUUUGACAAUUUAGAUGAGAGGCUUUUGAAUAAAACUAAAGCUUCUAGUUCGAUUUUCAACAGAAAUAGAGAUUCAAGUUUCAGUGUAGAUUCUGAUGGUGACUUUUAUUCUUCACCAGAUGAUGAGGAACAAUUUUUAAUCAAAGAUUUUGACAACCAAUAUGAAACUGUACAUGCAGAGCAUCUGAAUAAUAUGUCAAAAGCUGAUUUAAUUCAAGAAUAUGUUACUUUGGAGAAAAAAGUGGAAUUAUUAUCCAAUAUUCUCAGAAAACGCACAGAGGGUGAUUAUGAUCGCACCAAAAUUGAUUUGCAGAUGGAAAUUCAACAGUUGCAAUCAGAAAAUGAAACUCUAAAGCAACAAAAUCAAGAGUUACUCUCAAAACUUUCCAAUAAGUCUAACUGUAGUAGUAGUGAUAGUUCCUCUGAUUCUGAAUCAGAUUCUAGUUCUUCAAGUUCAAGCUCCGUGAGCUCAUGUGAUAUGAACGAAGCGGAAAUAAUAAAUAAUUCCUCGAAUAAUAUAGAGAGUAUUGAUAAUCGUAAAUGUGUCAAUCUUAGUUCUUAAGCAAGUUUCUUGGAACAAUUGUUGAAUUUUUUAAAUUGGUCUAUUCACUUCUUGUUUUAUUCUUCAGAUGUGAAGUUGUAAUUUUUGUAAAUAUAAUAUGUAUUUUUUUCCAGUUACAUUCUUUUAUAUUUUCAAAGAAAAUAUUAUGUGUUAAUAGUUUUAAGAAAAUAUGAUACCCAUUGAAAUUUGUUGUUUUUAUUUUAAUAAAAUAUAUUUUCGGAAAUGAAUAUGAAUUGUUGAUAAAAAUCAGAAUGUUUAUGUAUUUUUGGAUAAUUCAGUAUCUGAAAAAAUAAAUCACUUUAAAAAUUAACUCUUUUGAAAUACUUCAGUGAUAACAGAGUAAGAAAUUCAUUAAUAUACUGUGAUCAAGAUGCAUUUUAUGCUUGAAGUUUGGUCUGAAUUUAGUUUUUUCAGAUAAAUCUAUAUCCUCUUUGAGGGUUUGAAUGAACAUAUUUCUUAUUUUGAUAUUAAAUAUAAUUGACAAAGAUAACCUUUUCAAUUA